AUGGUCAUGAUGUUGCAAGUGGUGAGAAACCAGAAUCAAUGGCAAAAAAAUGGCAGUGUGAUUAUCUUAGCAGGAGCUGAUGCUGUUACAACUGCUACAGCAACUGUAGUUAUUAUCAAUGAUGCUAUGAAUGGUGGUGACAGUAAUGCAACUGGUGGUGGAGGAGGCAGUUGUGGCUGCUCAGCAGCAGUCAUAGUUUUGUGUUGCCUCUGUAAUGAUCCCAAAAACAAUAAAACCAAACGUCCCACGACUGUAACUGCCCCUCAGCCCCGGCAGUCUUCUUAUUAUGAUGUGGAAAUGGGCCAAAAAAGCAAAAGCAGUGGCACCAAAGAUGGCAGCAUGAUUAUUUUAGGAGCUGGUGCUGCUAUAGCUGCUACAGCCGUGGUCAGUACCACCGUUGGUGGUGGUGGUGGUUAUGAUGGUGGCGGUGGUGGGUGUGGUGGUGGGUGUGGUGGUGGUGGGUGUGGUGGGGGAUGUGGUGGUUGA